AUGGCUCGCCCGCUUCCUCGCCGCCUCGCUCUCUUCUGCGUCCUGGCCUCCUGCAUUGCGCUCGCGCUCGCGGCGGGCACCACCCGUCCGAGCCGGCGGGGCCUCGCCGUAGGCGACAGCCAGGACGGAGGGGCUAGCGACGUCGGGGUUGGCGGUGGCGGCGGGUACGACGACAGCUUGAUGCCCCGGCCGGCGCCGUCGUCCGAGCCGAGGGCGUGCCAGUUCGAGAACGAGCGGCUGUACAGGGCGUACCUGGUGAUCCAGAAGUUCAGGAAGACGGUGAUCUGCGACCCCAAGGGCGUCACCGCCACCUGGGCCGGCACCGACCUCUGCGGCUCCUACAAGGGCUUCUUCUGCGGGCGGCCGAUCAACGUCAGCGACCGGACCGUCGCGUCCGUCGACCUCAACGGCUUCAACCUGCGGUCCGACUCGCUGCAGGGCUUCGUGGACGGCCUGCCGGACCUCGCGCUGUUCCACGCCAACUCCAACAGCUUCGGCGGCGCCGUGCCCAACCUCCGGGGCCUGCAGUACUUCUACGAGCUGGACCUGAGCAACAACAAGCUGGCGCCGGCCCCGUUCCCGACGGACGUGCUGGGGCUCACCAACGCCACCUUCAUCGACAUCCGCUUCAACAGCUUCUUCGGCGAGCUGCCGGCGGGGCUCUUCGGCUCCUUCCCGGAGGUGGAGGCCAUCUUCGUCAACAACAACCGCUUCUCCGGCCAGCUCCCGGACAACCUCGGCGACUCGCCCGUCAACUACCUCUCCCUCGCCAACAACGACUUCACGGGGCCCAUCCCCUCCUCCAUCGGCCGCGCCGCCGGCACGCUCCUGGAGGUGCUCUUCCUCAACAACAGCCUCGGCGGCUGCCUCCCCUACGAGCUCGGCCUGCUGGCCAGGGCCACGGUCAUCGACGCCGGCACCAACCGCCUCACCGGCACCAUCCCGCUGUCGUACGCGUGCCUGCGGAGCGUGGAGCAGCUCAACCUGGCGGACAACCUGCUGUACGGCGUCGUGCACGACUCGCUCUGCCGGCUCGCCUACGACGGCCGCCUCGCCAACCUCACGCUCUCCGGCAACUACUUCACGUGGCUCGGGCCCUGCUGCUGGGACCUGGUCAGGGAGGGGAAGCUCAACGUCGACCGCAACUGCAUCCUCUGGGCGCCCAACCAGCGCUCCUUCCACGAGUGCGCCCAGUUCUUCCACGACAACUGGAGCAGGAUGACGUGCCCCGUCAGCAAGUACGUGCCGUGCCACCCCAAGUGGUACGCCGUCGACGCCGCCUCGGCCAGGGAGGAGCCCGCGGCGGCGGAGGAGUACAAGUACCGGACCUACUCGGCCUUGCACCCGUAA